AUGCCCUCCACUCCAACCUAUUGCGACGCCCAUACCCACCUGGACCAGUACGUGCCGGAAGAGAUACCCGGCAUCCUGGAACGGGCCGGCGAAGUCGGGGUUGGUUACAUCCUGCUGGCCGGCACCACGAUCGAGUCGACGGAGCGGUGCAUCGCGCUGGCAGAUGAGCACCCCAUGUUCUACGCCGGGGUGGGAAUUCACCCGAUGCAGGCCGACGAUCCCGUCGAUGACGACGCUUACGGCCGGCUGGAAUCCCUGGCCCGCAACAACCCGCGCGUCGUGUGCAUUUCGGAGGUUGGCCUGGACUACCUGCCCACUUCCCCUGACCACGAGGUUCAGGAUCAGGUGUUUCGGGCGCAUAUCCACCUCGCCAAGAGCCUGGGGCUGCCGAUCAUCUUUCAUUCCAGGGAGUCCCACCCAGCCGUGUUCAAGGUGCUGCGCGAGGAAAACGCCGGCCAGGUGGGCGGCGCCAUGCACUACUUCCAGGGCGACGCUGAAACGGCGCGCGAGGCCAUCGACUGCGGCUUCUUCAUCUCCUUGGCGCGCCCCUUGACUCGGCUGCAGGAAUUGCGCGAGGUCGCCCGCGACAUCCCGCUGGAGAACAUCGUUCUGGAAACCGACGCCUACCCCCAGCCGUUCAAGAAGUACCGCCACAACUGGACCGAGCCCCGGCACCUGGCCGACGUGGCCCAGUGCCUGGCCACGGUCAAAGGCAUUUCAGUGGAGCAGGUGGCGGAGGUGACGACCGCCAACCUGAGCCGGCUGCUGGGCAUCGAGACCCCGACCGCGCCCGGGUCAUCCAGCCGGGUGGUUUAG